UAGUCUACACUCUUGAGAUUCUUUGACCGGCGAUAGAUUGUAGACGCCGACGAGAAAUUACUCGGCAGUGGAAUCACAUACACGGAUUGAACAAGAGAAGCGGUGGAUUCGGCAGUGUAUGAAGACGCUAUUGAAUCGCCAGUUGCUGAAACGAUGGCUACGAUCUCGGCCAUAAUUCAACCGAAAUGGUUUUUUCUCUUUGUUGUCUGCUCAAUUUUCGUAAUCUACGUCUUCUCUACUACUCAAACUGUGGAGAAGUCAGGGGAAGAGAGUUACGAUAUCACACAGAGAGUAUAUUUAGAUGUUGAUAUAGACAAACAACGUGUAGGGAGAAUUGUGAUAGGAUUGUAUGGAGGAGUCGUGCCUAAAACUACGGAAAAUUUCAGAGCUUUGUGCACAGGGGAAUUGGGGAAGAGUGUGAGUGGAAAACUUCUUCACUACAAGGGAAUGCCAUUUCAUCGUAUAAUACCGGGGUUCAUGAUUCAAGGUGGAGAUAUUUCUUAUGGUGAUGGAAGGGGAAAUUUAUCCAUUUAUGGUGGCCCUUUUCGUGACGAGAACUUCAAGAUAAAACACUCGCAUGCAGGUGUUAUUUCAAUGGUUAAUUCAGGACCAGACUCCAAUGGCUCUCAAUUCUUCAUCACCACUGUAAAGGCUAGCUGGUUAGAUGGCGAGCAUGUUGUUUUCGGAAAGGUGAUUGAAGGAAUGGAUACUGUAUAUGCAAUCGAAGGUGGAGCUGGGACCUACAGUGGCAAACCGAGGAAAAAAGUGAUAGUUGCUGAUUCCGGAGAAAUACCCAAGAAUGAGUGGGGAGAUGGAAACAACGUCUCCUCAACAAGCGGUGAUGUCUCAUGACCAAAAAAAAAAGAAAAAUCUUUGUUGGUGAACUCGGAAACUGAAGCAUUUUGACGAUGCAAUCAUUCCAUGGGUAUUUAGCGCAUGAUCGAGAAUUUCAAUAUUCAAAGGUAUAUUUUAUCGCAUGCUCUAGCAUAUUUUUUUUGUUUUUAAUUUUGUUUUGAAAGCAGCUACUAUUGUAUUGGAUUGUGUUGAGAAUUAUGUUGAAUUUACUUUGAUUAUAGUGGAAUUUAGAGCUAGCUAAUAUGCUUAAUUAGGCGAUAAGUA